UUCUUUUCUUCCCUUCUUCUCCCUCCUUUCUUUUGAUUUUCAUCCAUUCUUCUCUCAUCCAUCCCAUCUCCUUUUAUUUUCUCUUCAUUCACACUUACGUGUAAAUACACAACAAUGGCUGCCCCCGCCCAGACGUUCAAGGUCGCCGAUAUCUCUCUGGCCGCCUUUGGCCGCCGCGAGAUCGAGCUCGCUGAGAUUGAGAUGCCUGGUCUCAUGGCCAUCCGUACCAGAUACGCUGCCGACCAGCCCCUCAAGGGUGCCCGCAUUGCCGGUUGUCUUCACAUGACCAUCCAGACCGCCGUCCUCAUCGAGACUCUCGUUGCCCUCGGUGCUGAGGUUACCUGGACCUCUUGCAACAUCUUCUCCACCCAGGAUCACGCUGCCGCUGCCAUUGCUGCUGCUGGUGUCCCUGUCUUCGCCUGGAAGGGUGAGACUGAGGAGGAGUACGAAUGGUGCUUGGAGCAGCAGCUCUCUGCCUUCAAGGAUGGCCAGAAGCUCAACCUCAUCCUCGAUGACGGUGGUGACCUGACCUCCCUCGUUCACAAGAAGUACCCCGAACAGCUCCAGGGCUGCUACGGUCUGUCUGAGGAGACCACCACUGGUGUCCACCACCUCUACCGCAUGCUGAAGGACGGCAAGCUCCUCGUCCCCGCUAUUAACGUCAAUGACUCCGUCACCAAGUCCAAGUUCGACAACCUCUACGGCUGCCGUGAGUCCCUCAUCGAUGGUAUCAAGCGUGCCACCGAUGUCAUGAUCGCUGGUAAGAUCGCCGUUGUUGCCGGUUACGGUGAUGUCGGCAAGGGCUGUGCCCAGGCCCUGCACAGCAUGGGUGCCCGUGUCCUCGUUACUGAGAUCGACCCCAUCAACGCCCUCCAGGCCGCCGUUCAGGGCUUCGAGGUCGUCACCAUGGAGGAGGCUGCCCCUCUUGGUCAGAUCUUCGUCACCACCACUGGAUGCCGUGACAUCCUGGUCGGUUCCCACUUCGAGGUCAUGCGCAACGACGCCAUCGUUUGCAACAUUGGUCACUUCGAUAUUGAGAUCGACGUUGCCUGGCUCAAGGCCAACGCCAAGUCUGCCCAGAACAUCAAGCCCCAGGUUGACCGUUACCUGAUGCCCAGCGGCCGUCACAUCAUCCUCCUCGCCGAGGGUCGUCUGGUCAACCUUGGCUGUGCCACUGGCCACUCUUCUUUCGUCAUGUCCUGCUCCUUCUCCAACCAGGUCCUUGCCCAGAUCGCUCUGUUCAAGGCUGAGGACAAGGCUUUCGGCCAGAAGUACGUCGAGUUCGCCGCCAUGGGCAAGAAGCCCAUUGGUGUCUACGUCCUGCCCAAGGUCCUCGAUGAGCAGGUUGCUCUGCUCCACCUUGAGCACGUCAACGCCAAGCUCUCCAAGCUCACCCCUGUCCAGGCUGAGUACCUUGGCCUUGAUUCCAACGGCCCUUACAAGGCUGACCACUACCGCUACUAAAUGUUUUUCUUUUCUAUUCGUUUGGGAUACCCUAACAACUAGAUUUUUUUCAACAUGAUCAUGAUGUGACGAAUAACAUAUGGGGGUUCUUUAUCAACUAGGGCUCAAAAGCAUUGUCCUUCAACGGAAAUAAAAAUGGCAUAUAUGGGGUUUUUUUCUGGGUAGUUUUUGGUUGCAAUGG